GAUCCGCGCACGAGACACCCCUGUCUUCAGCAAGCCCUUCCCCAUUUUCAUUUCUCUGCAACUAACCGAGAGAGAGAGAGAGAGAGGGAGAGAGAGAGGCGCGGUUGAAUCGCGGUCGAGGCACGAACUGGCCACCGUCAGGGGUGGAGGAGCAACGCCUGGGCUGGUGGGUCACGGGACCGACGCCGGCGAGCUCAGAACCACUCGAUUUGGGCUCCUGUGUUUUUCUCAGUACCAAACGGGAGGAGCUUGAUCUGUAGUGUGCUUUUGGGUUCUGUUGAAGCUUUUAGAGGAUUUGUUCUGAGGUGGUUGAUGGUAAAGAAUGACAAGAAUCAGAGAUAGGUCUGAGGAUUUUAAGGAUGCUGUGCGGCAGGCUGCUCUUUCUUUGGGAUAUAAUGAGACGAAAUUGGCAGCCAUUUUGGCAUCUUUCAUAAUUCAUAAACCUCGGCAAAGGUCAUCUUUCAGCAAAGCCGCACUGAAGACGCUCGAAAGCAUCGAAGCUUUGGAACAGUUUAUGUUGAAACAUCGGAAGGAUUAUGUUGAUCUUCAUCGCACUACUGAACAGGAGAGAGAUAGCAUUGAAAAUGAAGUUAGUGCUUUCAUUAAAGCAUGCAAGGAACAAAUUGAUAUUUUAAAAGAUAACAUAAACAAUGAAGAAUCAAACUCAAAGGGGUGGCUUGGCACAAGGGCAGAUAAUUCUAAUGCUGAUACUGUAGCGCACAAACAUGGUGUGGUUUUGAUAUUAAGUGAGAGACUUCAUUCAGUCACAACACAAUUUGAUCAGCUAAGAGCCAUACGCUUCCAAGAUGCCAUUAAUAAAGCAAUGCCUAGAAGAAAACUUAACCGUAAUGCCAACGCAAAUUUUGAAGAUACCUCUAAAUCACCUACGUCACAGCUCAGGGAGCUCGAUGAGUUUCAACAUGAUCCUGUAAGAGUACAGCAGCAGCAGCUUUUGGAUGAUGAAACGCGUGCCCUUCAGGUAGAGUUGAGUAGUCUUCUUGAUGCCGUUCAAGAAACUGAAACAAAGAUGGUGGAAAUGUCGGCAUUGAAUCACCUUGUGUCCACGCAUGUUCUGCAACAAGCUCAACAAAUAGAAUUUCUGUAUGAGCAGGCAGUAGAAGCUACAAAAAAUGUAGAGCUAGGUAACAAAGAGUUAACCCAAGCUAUCCAGCGGAAUAGCAGCAGCAGGACCUUUCUUAUGCUUUUUCUCUUUGUACUUACCUUCUCUAUCGUCUUUCUUGAUUGGUAUAGUUGAGUCAUGUCAUUUUAAUACUGUAAGAACAAAUAAUAUUUGGCUUUUCAAGCUUGCUAAUCUUAUGAGCAUCUAUUGAUUUA